UACUGAAACUUACACAACAGCAGCGCCCUCGUGUGAAAUAUCUUUCAGCCAUCACGGCGAUUUUUGUGUGGUAAAAGGAAACUUUUUAGAAACAAUUUUUCACCAUUAUUAUUGUAUUUAUUGCAAAUAGAUUGAUUUUAAUUAAAUAUAAAAUAUAUUUGUGCGGUCGUACUGUGAAAAUACGGGUAUUUUUCCCAACUGAAAAAAAAGCCAAAAAAAGCUGAUAGGAAAAUAGUAUGAUUGAUUGCCUGGCCAGGAAGUGAAGAGAAUAAGUGUAAGAGAACAAAAGAGAGCAAUGGGUAGUUUCAAAGAGAUUCUGUGCCAGCGAUUUCCGGGAGUUGAUUCUGUUGUUGUGCAGUACGUGGAGGAAGUUAUGGAGGGGAAUGAUGACUUCACAACCGGGAGUGAUGUGUACGAAGCCCUCGGUGAGGUACUCCAUGAGAUUGCCCGGGAAAAGAGUGAAGAAGACAUCAGGGAGAUUUGUCAGCUGCUGUACAACAAGGUCUCGCUAGAUGGUGGAAAUGCGUAUCAGGGAUGUGAAAGAAAAAUUCUCGAUGCUCCCGUGCAGCUGGAGGAGAUGGCAAAUCGGGAUAUGGAUUCAAUGAAUGACAUGAAUAGUAUUUGGGUGAUUGGCAAAGGUGGGGGGAAUAUGAAGGUGGAUGCGAAAAAGUUGGAAAAAGCCGAGGCGAAGUUGCAGCAAAAGCAGGAGAAGCGUCUGGAUGUGAAGCCAGCAAAACCCCCACCUGUGGAACUCAUGACGGCGUCCGCAUCGCAGAUGAUCAGCAAAAAGGAUAACAAGAUGCAGGCAAAGGGUGUUGGGAGGAGUAUGGAUUUCAAAAUUGAGAACUUUGACAUUUCCUUCGGGGAUAAGAUUCUCCUCAUGAAUGCCGACCUCAAUCUCGCCUCCGGGCGCCGCUAUGGGCUCGUGGGGCGAAAUGGUUUGGGGAAAACAACCCUGCUGCGAAUGAUCUCGAGUGGUCAACUGCAAAUCCCACCGCACAUAACUGUUCUCCAUGUUGAACAGGAAGUCGUCGGGGAUGACACCGUGGCAUUGGAUAGUGUUCUGGAGCAAGACACUGUGCGUACGGGGCUGUUGCGACGUGAAAAGGAACUCUUAGCUGCUGCAGAUCAUGAAGGUGGCUCCACGGAGGAAUUAGCUGAUAUCUACAGGCAGCUGCAGGAGAUUGAGGCAGAUAAAGCACCGGCAAAAGCAUCAGUGAUCCUCAGUGGUUUGGGCUUUACGAAGGAGAUGCAGUGUGCUGCUACACGUACAUUUUCCGGAGGUUGGCGAAUGCGUCUCGCCCUUGCCAGAGCCUUGUUCUCAACACCAGAUCUCCUCCUCCUGGACGAACCGACGAAUAUGCUUGACAUUAAAGCCAUCAUUUGGCUGGAGAAUUAUCUGCAAACGUGGCCUAAUACCCUCAUUGUCGUUUCGCAUGACCGUAACUUCCUGGACACCGUGCCCACGGACAUUCUCUACCUGCACAGCCAACGUAUUGAUCACUACAAGGGGAAUUAUGAGCAAUUUGAAAAGACCAAAACGGAAAAGUACAAGGCCCAGAAGCGAGAGUACGACGCCCAAAUGGCUAAUCGGGCACACGUGCAGGAGUUCAUUGAUCGCUUCCGCUACAAUGCCAACCGGGCGGCCAGUGUACAGUCUAAGAUUAAGAUGCUGGAGAAAUUACCUGAGCUACAGCCGGUGGAGAAGGAACCCGAAACGGUGAUUAAACUGCCCGAAGUGGAGCCCCUAAAUCCCCCAAUUCUUAUGGUAACAGACGUGGCAUUUGCCUAUGAUCGGCCCAUUUUUAAGUGUCUCAAUCUCAAUGCUGAUCUCCAGUCGAGAAUAUGCAUUGUUGGGGAGAAUGGAGCUGGUAAAACGACCCUACUGAAAAUUAUUAUUGGUUCCUUGGAUCCAACGUCGGGAAUUGUCUUUGCCAAUCGUAAUCUCAAGUUCGGCUACUUCUCGCAGCAUCAUGUGGAUCAGUUGGAGAUGAACCUCAGCUGUGUGGAGGUGCUGCAGAAGGACUUUCCCGGGCGACCUGUUGAGGAGUACCGUCGCCAAUUGGGGAGCUUUGGGAUAUCUGGUGAUUUAGCCCUGCAGUCCGUGGCGAGUUUAUCCGGAGGUCAAAAAUCUCGGGUAGCCUUUGCAAAGAUCUGCCUGGCAAAUCCCAACUUCCUCAUUCUCGACGAACCCACCAAUCACUUGGAUAUUGAGACAAUUGAUGCUCUGGGCAAGGCACUCAAUGUAUUCCAAGGGGGUGUUAUUCUCGUCUCCCACGAUGCUCGUCUGAUAAAGAUGGUAUCCCGAGAGCUGUGGGUGUGUGGCAAUCAAGAUGUUAAGACCAUCGAAGGUGGCUUCGAGGAGUACAGGAAGAUUGUCCUCAAGGAACUCGAAGCAGCUGCCAGUUAAAUUCAAUAGCAAGAAAUGUAAAUAAAAUAAAUAAUAAAAUGAUCACCUUUUUGCAUCAUAAAAA